CUCGUCGUUUUCCUGGAUCGGGAGUUUUCUGAAUUUCCCAAGAGGGAGGUUCUCUGUUGGAUUUGCCCGUGGACGCUUUUUCUUGAUAAUAUCUGAACCCUUUUAUCUGAACUCUCUUCCGGUGUUGGGCGACGUCCUCUUUUCUACCCUCCAAAGGAAGUGGCAUCCUUCGCGACUUUUCCAACUGGGUCGAAUACAAAUUGCUCCUUAAAGGACUGGUUAGGCCUUGUCCCCCACCCAGUUAAUCCGUGAUGGCACGCCAGAAAAAGCUGAUUCAGUUGGGUCAUAGAGGAGAGUAUCGCAAAUGAGGAAUUAGAUUCGCUGAGUAGUUUGUGUUUAUCCUAAUCCAUUCUGUGGCCUCUGUCGACUUUCUUUUCCUUUGAAGAAAGAAAAUAACUUAAUUUGUUCUAGUGGAUUAGCUUAUCAAUAUAUUCUAUACCCACUCCGGAGGCAUGUCGAUUGAGAUGGUUGUAUGCCCAGGAACUCUCCCUUAAAGAGUCAUUCUUCGACUUCUGCCAGUCUUAUUUUUGUCUCUCACACUUGAUCAGCCCUGCUCUGCUCAUUGCUGGAGGCAAAGGAAGGUUUGCGCUGGAGGGUAGGUGUAGUGUAACAAGAACUAUCAGUGCCCAGUUCCUGGGUUCGUCAGAGAUGGACUUCUUCAGUGAAUACGGUGAUGCUAACAGAUACAAAAUCCAAGAGGUCAUUGGCAAAGGAAGUUAUGGCGUUGUUUGCUCAGCUAUUGACCAACAUACCGGUGACAAGGUGGCAAUCAAGAAAAUACACAAUAUCUUCGAGCACUUAUCUGAUGCUGCCCGGAUCCUUCGUGAGAUCAAACUACUUCGGCUAUUACGCCAUCCUGAUAUAGUUGAGAUCAAGCAUAUAAUGCUGCCUCCAUCAAGGAGGGACUUCAAAGAUAUCUAUGUUGUAUUUGAGCUGAUGGAUACAGACCUCCACCAAGUCAUCAAGGCAAAUGAUGAUUUAACCAGAGAGCAUCAUCAGUUCUUUCUCUAUCAGAUGCUCCGUGCACUGAAAUACAUUCAUACUGCUAAUGUUUAUCAUCGUGAUUUGAAGCCAAAGAACAUAUUGGCCAAUGCUAACUGUAAACUUAAAAUAUGUGAUUUUGGAUUGGCAAGAGUGGCGUUCAAUGACACUCCUACAACAGUAUUCUGGACGGAUUAUGUUGCUACAAGAUGGUAUAGGGCCCCUGAACUGUGUGGAUCUUUCUUUUCUAAGUAUUCACCAGCUAUUGACAUAUGGAGUAUCGGUUGCAUUUUUGCGGAGAUCUUAACUGGGAAGCCUUUGUUUCCUGGAAAAAAUGUGGUCCACCAGUUGGAUUUGAUGACCGAUCUCUUGGGUACUCCAUCACUUGAUACAGUUUCCAGAAUUCGGAAUGAGAAGGCAAGGAGGUAUUUGAGUAGCAUGAGGAAAAAACAUCCAGUACCAUUUUCUGAAAGGUUCCCUAAAGCAGAUCCUGCUGCACUCAAACUUUUGCAGAGGCUUUUGGCAUUUGAUCCCAAGGAUAGGCCAACUGCUGAAGAGGCAUUGGCUGAUCCAUAUUUUAAAGGCCUCGCAAAAGUAGAGAGAGAACCAUCAUGCCAGCCAAUAACAAAAAUGGAGUUUGAGUUUGAGCGAAGAAAGGUGACCAAAGAGGAUGUCAAGGAACUUAUAUUCAGGGAGAUAUUGGAGUAUCAUCCUCAACUUCUCAAGGAUUACAUGAAUGGAACUGAGAAAACAAACUUUCUAUACCCUAGUGCUGUUGACAAUUUCCGAAGGCAAUUUGCUAACUUGGAGGAAAAUGGAGGAAAGAGUGGGGCACACACGGCUUCAUCAGACAGGAAGCAUGUUUCGCUCCCAAGGACAACCACAGUUCAUUCUAAUCCAAUCCCUCCAAAUGGAAUCUCCCAAGUUCCUCAAAAGAUUCCCACAGCUAGACCAGGAAGAGUGGUUGGUCCAGUAAUACCAUUUGAGAAUGCAACUGCUGUUGAUCCAUACAGCCAACGUAGGGUGGCGAGGAAUCCAGUACUUCCUCCAACCACCACAAACCUGUCAGCAUACGCCUAUCACCGGAAGUCAGACAACUCAAACAGAGAGCUCCAACAGGAGCUGGAAAAGGACCGUAUGCAGUACCAGCCAGCACAGCGGUUCAUGGAUGCCAAGGUAGUAUCACAGAUGUCCCCUGACUUGAGGUCUUCCUACUAUAUACCAAAAGGUGUCCCGAAAGCUGAUGGCGCAGAUAGAGCUGCUUUGCAUUCUAGCAUGAUUCAUGGAAUCGCCCCUUUUAGUGGCAUUGCUGCUGUAGGAGGUGGAGGUGGCUACAACAAGGUCAAUGCAGUUCAAUAUGGAGUUUCUAGGAUGUACUAGUUCUAGUUGCAUUGGCCAUCUCCAAAAUCCUCAGUUGAGUUGAAGUAAUAACAUGGCGAAGGGUGGAAAGAUUUAGGUACCAAAGAGCUGCCAUAUUGGCUCUGAGCCAAAGAUACAAAGCUGGAGUAUGAUCUCGGAUCAAGGACGACGUGUGACAUCAGAUUGAAAACGCUAUUGGGCAACAGUCAUGGUUCUGUCCAUUGGAUCUAGCUUUUCGGAAAGCAAUGCCUUCACCCCGCGGAAACGGUAAAAUAAAAGGAGAAAAAGGGCAGUGCCGUCAGUUGAUUGCUGCUUAUAAGAAGCAAAGGGGGCAGAGACGAUUUUUACAUGGAAAAUUAUGUACUUUGCAAGAAAGGAAACAUGUGGGAAUAAAAAUAGUGAGCCUACGUUUAGCUCUGUAUAUAAAGUCACUUGAUUUUAUAUGUAUUAUUACGGCUGGUGAAACCCGCUUCUUUAAUUCAAAGCUGUAGAAUUUUGGCCUAUGUUUAGCUCUGUAAUACCAUAGGCAGUUCAGAUUGAUUCAGCCGUUGGUUUAUUUUGCCCUCUUUACCU